UGUUUUAUCAUAUGGACCAAAGACUGUACAUGAAGACUGCACCUGGAACGACGGAGUUAAUGAUUGUUUCAUCAUCUGCGCACCUAUUCUUCUGCACUAGGAAUUUAAGGGGAGGGGGUGGUGCCAGACCGAGGUGACAUGACUUUGCUACCCGAAUGUAACAAUUAGGCGAACCUUGAUGAAAUCAGAUUGGUUUCAAUUAAUAUGCGCGGCAGAGCGCAGUCGGGUGCUUGUAGCCUAGUUCUGCGGCCACAUCCAGUUUAAUCAUUUCACUGAAGAGGAUGAUUUUAUAUUGAUAUGCAGUAGUAGAUUUAGUGCUACUUUGAAGGCAACCAGUGAUAUAAUUCAUUUAAAAUGCAAUGGAAGCUUAUUUUCUGAAAUUUAAAGGGCAGAAUCUGGGAUUUGCGAGGGAAUGCUGAAUUGAUUGGAGACCAUCGGAAUUGCCCGCCCUGUGUCAUUCAUUGCCUCUUGUGCAGGCACGGAAAUUUCACGCGCUGUUCUAGCAAUCCAACAGCUGAACAGCGUUGUCUCGGCGGCACAUGCAAACUGUCCGCUCCACCACUUCCCAUCUCCGCUCCACCACUUCCCAUCUCCGCUCCGGCCACAAGAAAUGAGGACGGCGUCCGGAGCAUAUUCUGUGUGAAGCUGCGAAAACGGGCAAUUCCUUCGGUCUCUCCCGUCUGCAGUGAGGCAAGAACGAAAAGUCGCCGUUUGGCCGAGCUGCAGCCAUGGACCAGGACGAGAACAAGAGCGUCUCUAAAAAGACCAUAAUCGCAAAGAUUUUCAAAGUUCGCAAGAGGAGAGAGAUGCUUUUCGUGCAAGUGUGUUUUCUCUGCAGUGUCCUCUUCAUGGCGUGGAGCAUGUCAGCACUUCUGACAAAGACAGGGCAUGGAAUGAUCCUGGAGAACGGACAUGAGAAGCACGAACAUUGGGGAAGGAGGCUCAUGGGACAUGAACCCGACAACGACAAUGAGACUGAGUCGAAGAACUGCACAGAGCCAGCGAUCAAGGAGUUCCCUGAAGACCUUUUCACCAACAACGAGCGCAAGAGUGGGGCCGUCCUGCUGCACAUAGCGGCGGCCCUCUAUAUGUUCCUGGCCCUGGCUAUAAUCUGUGACGACUACUUUGUGACAUCGCUGGAGAAGAUCUGUGAGAAACUAGAUCUAAGUGAGGAUGUUGCCGGAGCCACUUUUAUGGCAGCUGGGAGUUCUGCUCCAGAGCUGUUUGCCUCCGUCAUUGGUGUCUUCAUCACCCACGGUGACGUGGGGGUGGGGACAAUCGUUGGCUCAGCCGUCUUCAAUAUCCUGUGCAUCAUCGGUGUGUGCGGAAUCUUCGCCGGACAGGUCGUAAUGUUGGGUUGGUGGUCUGUUUUCCGAGAUUCAUUCUACUACAUCUUGUCUAUCCUCGCGCUUAUUGCGUUCAUUUACGAUGAGAAGGUGGUGUGGUGGGAGAGCCUGGUGUUGGUGCUCAUGUACUGUGGAUACAUCCUCAUCAUGAAGUUUAACCAGAGCUUGCAAAAGUUGUUCACAGGGAAAGGGGGUAAAGACAAGAACCAGGCCAACGGUAACGCGGCGGCCAGCAGCGAGAUGGAGGACGUUAAGCCCAGUAAGGCUUACAGUCGUGGCUCUGUGGUCAUGGUUGAUGAGAUUAUGCACGACAGCCCUCCCAAGUUACGCUUCCCAGAGGCCGGCCUCCGCGUCAUGGUCACCAGCCAUUUUGGACCCAAGACCCGGCUGCGCAUGGCCAGUCGCCUUAUCAUCACUGAGCGUCAGAAGCUGGUCCAGGGUGCCAACGGGGUGGAGACCCAGGUUCUGGAGGGGAAGGUGGACAUUGAGAACGGCAACGUGCCCGAAGACAAACCGGCAGUAGAGGAGCAGGAGAACGAAACCAUCUCCCCCUUUCAUAUCCCGGAUGGCAUCGGCAGCAAGUGCAAGUGGCUGAUCUCCUGGCCUCUGCUGCUCCUCCUGUUCUUCACCAUCCCCAACUGUGCCAAGCCUCGCUGGGAGAAGUUCUUCAUGAUCUCCUUCUUCCUCUCCACUGUCUGGAUCGCUGUCUUCUCCUACUUCAUGGUCUGGAUGGUCACCAUCAUCGGCUACACUCUUGGCAUCCCAGACGUCAUUAUGGGAAUCACCUUCCUGGCAGCGGGCACCAGCGUUCCAGACUGCAUCGCCAGUCUCAUUGUUGCUCGGCAAGGAUUGGGUGACAUGGCAGUGUCCAACACCAUUGGCAGUAAUGUGUUUGAUAUCCUGGUUGGGCUGGGCGUUCCCUGGGCACUGCAGACCAUGGCGGUCAACUACGGCUCAGAGGUCAUGAUCAACAGUCGAGGACUGGUCUACUCUGUGGUGUUGCUACUGGGAUCUGUGGCUUUAACGGUGGGGGGAAUCCACGUGAACCACUGGAAGUUGGACCUGAAGCUGGGUAUCUACACCCUGGUCCUGUACGCUGUCUUCCUGUGUUUCUCCAUUAUGAUUGAGUACAACGUGUUUACCUUCGUCAACCUGCCCAUGUGCAUGGAGGAGUAGCUAGACCACGCCCACCCACGCUGACCUCUGAACUAGGAAGCUCCACUCCCUCAACCCCAAACAGCAACCAAUCACAAUCGACCUUCCCCAUCCUCCACCACGUUACUAAACCUGGUUACCUGGAUAUCUCCUGUCUGUCUGACCCACCUUUCAUUGUCAUAACUGACCUGUUGACCUCUUGAUCUGAUCCUGGUCUUUAAAUCUUUCUUUCCCUGUGCUUGGACUCACUUUCCAAUGAGGCUUUGUUCUGUGGAGUGGACAGACGCAUUAAACAAACUGGACCCAUUUUCAGACAAGUCCAUUUUCCAUUCCCCCCCCCUCCACACUAUCUGUAGUCUCACUGUGCUUUUAUUAGCAUUCACCCACAGGCUCUAGAAUCAACCCUACAGUAGCUACAAUAGUCUCCCUCUCACAACAACCCACACAUAUCUCUGUCCAGGUUAGGGUUAGUCCUGACCCUCAGCAUUGACCCUCACCCCUUCUACUCUUCUCCAUCCAAACUUCUCCUCUUAUCCCAACCCCACCCCACCGAUCCACCCAAAGACCCUAUGGAGAAUACACAACCUCGCCCUAAACCUCUACCUCUCCCCCGAUUCCUGCUUGUACCCCCAACCUUUGGAGGAGGAACUCUCCUCCUCCCCUUUCAGACCUGGACCCCUCUGACAUGGUCCGAACUGUGACUUUAUCCAUAUCACCACAUCCCACCCCUCUGCACCAGACACUCACUUUCACUCCUCAAUCUCUCUUUCUACUCUUUAACUUUUCCCUUCUCUCAAUCACCUCUUAAGAAAGACAUUUUGUCAGGAAUCUUUGUGUCUAACGAGUCUGCAGUCCAACUCAAAGCUGAGACUGCCAGAAGAGAGUAUCAUGUAUAUUUGCAGCACUGCACAAUGGGGAAACUUGUAAAAUUAUUUUUUUCUUCUCGUUUUUGUAUUGUGGAUUUUUGUUUUUUUUAGAGUUAAAAAAUGACUAGUAUGAAAUACUUUGAGGAGAGCUUGUUGCAAUCAUAAAGGACAUUGCCUGUUUCACAGUAAUGAAUUGCGCACAGAGAAAAUGCUUUUAUUGUAAGGAGAAUUGGCUGCCCCUAGAAGGGGGGAGUCUGGCUGAAGGCGGCGACUCCAAAACCCGUGGUGCUGAAAGUUCAGCUGUUGUUUUUUUUCUUGUUCUGAGACCGAUAUCUCUCACACACCCCCUCUGACUGCACAACACCUGAAGAGAAGAAACACUUGCUCCAGAGAUGCGCUGGAUAUGUCACUGAGUUGGGGGAUAUCUUAGGGACGGUGUCCAUAUUCGGACGUCUUUGGACAGUAGCAUGGCGAAAUGUGUAUAGUAUCACAGAUGGUAGAAUUGGUCUGUUCUUCUCUCCUUCUCCUGUCUGCUCUAUCCCCCCUUUGACCACCAGGGGGCAAUGCUCCCUCACUGAUCUAUCUGCAUGGCAGGGGUCUCAAGCAACCACAGCCGUUUGGUUAUCAGGGAAUAUCUGGAGCCUUGCAGCUCCAGUAGGGGGCGACAUAGGUGGUGUUUUCUCUGUGAAUUACAUGUAGAUAUUGCACUUUAAAACAAGCAAAGCCGUCCUCUCAUUCUGAAUCAACUAGUGCUUCCUUUGUGUGUGUGUGUGUGGUUGUAUGUACAGUGUGUGUGUGUGUGUGAGAGAAUGACGAGGGUGUGUGCUGACUUGCAGGCCCGCGCCCAGGUCGGUCUCACCACCUCUAAUCCCUUGAACUUGAACCUCCAACACCGUGAGCACACACCCGUUUCUGUCUGCAGUGCAAUGCAUGUUGGGACAAUAAAUGCAGGCUCCUCCAUGGCACGAACCCCCCCCCCCCUUCCUGCGCCCACUUUAUAAAAAACGGCAGCUACAGGCUACUGCAAUCUAAGACAUUUGACAUCAUGCAAAAACACCUGCAGGAACGGAGUCUACAAUAAGCUGGAGAGACUUGCAUUAAUAGGGGAGUGUUAAUGAUGAUAACUUGUCUUUCCUUUUUGUGUUGGCAGCAGGUACUUGUAUAUGCAAUCUCAAUGUAAUGUGUGUUGGACUCUGGAGGACCUCCAUGGGGGUUGCCAUAAUGUUAGUGGAACAUUUGAGCUCGUUGGUCUGAAUGACAGCUAAAGGACCGAGCCAGAGGACAUUGAGGAAAUGUUCUGGAACGGGGGAUUCUGUGUGUUCGGUGGAGUCCGACCCUCUGGUACAAGGGCAUUACUCAACCACCAACUCUACCUGAGGAGAGGAGGGGAAGGACUCCAGCUGGGAAACACCCCCCAGGCUGGCUACAGAUGGUUUAGUCUAGCGUACUCUGAACUUCUCCUUCUCCAGGAAAGAGAUCUCCUCUCUGUGUGAAGGACCUGAGGAGCAGACAUUUUAGUAGCAGGACCUAAAUGCUACUCUUGGGCGGGGGGGGGCGUUGGACUUGCUGUGUUCUCUUGAAAGAAAGUGACCACACAGGUCCUCAAGACUCUAUUGCCCCCCCUUCCUCACCCCUCCUUAUCACACCCCAAUGCUCUCUCUGACCACCCCCAUCCCGUGUCAUGUCCCCCUCACCCCGCUCGACCAUCAACUUAUAGCAGUUACCCCUACUGCACUGUAUAUACCCCAGUGGGUCUUUUCCCCAUAGAACAGUGAAAGAGUAUUCUCUGCUAGUGCCAUUCUGAUUCUCAUUGUAGUCUUCUUUGUAACGACCACUGCAUUCUCAAUCUUUUCACUGGUUCUUAUUAACUGUACAUACAUAGAUAUUUUUUGAACAUAUGAUGCUCGCUUUUUGGGUCAAGCGUAUACCUGAGUUGAUUAAGAAUGUCUCAUGUCUUUUGGGGGGGGGUUGUUGAUUUUGUGCAUUUCCCUUUGUCUGUCUGUCUGUCUGUUGGUUUUGAGCGGUGGGUUUGGGUCUGUGUACAACACCUGUGUGGUUGUGUCCUUGGUCCAAUCCCAAAUGGACCCCUAGGCCCUAGGUACUUGUGGAGAGAUGAGAGGGUUUGACAGCUGUAAGUAAUAGCUCCACAUAGCCACCUAACGUCCAGGCUCGGUGGAAGUUUCACCAUAUUGCGCUAAUACCAAUCAAAUCGUCUAUGAUCUCCACAAGUGUAUAGCGCAUAGGGUCUAGGGGUUACUUUAAAAUUGGGCCCUCGUUGCCAGGUCCUGAGAGUGUCAACGGGUGUACUCAUUAGUCCAGACCGCUGCAAAAUGUUUGGUCUGUUGCAAAACGUUUUGCAACUGAAACUGUUUACUCUAAACGGAAAAUGUUUUGCAACGAAAACGAGAGUUUCUAUUGGACAAAUUCAGGUAGGUCCCUCCCUGUUUGGUUCCUAGAGUAAACGGUUACCAUUGCAAAAUGUUUUGCAACAGGCAAAAUGAUUUGUAACGGUCUGCGACUAAUGAAUACACCUCAGCACAGCAGGUCACACUGCUCCUACUGUUUGACUGUCCUAACUCUUCCAACACCCACACACACCACCGUUUAAUAAUUCACCAGGCAAUCUGCCUCAUAACUUUACUUUCACUUUUUAAAAAGAAGUAGUAUUCAGAUGCCGUAAAUGUCAUAGCUCUGCAUCAAAAAUACAGAUUGUAUGGAAACCAUGUUGUACAAAAUAAAAGUGCACGUAUCUACACACACCUAGGGCAAAAAUGACCAUAAAACUAAUUUAUAAUCUAGUAGUGUGAUUUAAUUUAAAACUUUUCUUCAAUGUGUGUUAAAACGCUCAGUUUACUAAACUGUAGUUACAUCACCUCUUUAUAGCACACAUUGUUGAAGAAAAGUUAAUUGUCAAACUAACAGAUUAUAGUGGUUUACUGUAUUUUUUGCACUCAGCAACAAUUUGUUUGCACUAUGAAAAUGUAGGCCACACACACGUUCAAUAACUGUGACUUCUCAACACCGGAGUGGAGCCGUAUGUAAUUCUCUUGAAUGAAUGCGACCUGAUGCACUGUGAGCUCAAUGUGAUGUGGGAGUCAUUUGUCAACCAAUAAAAAUGAGAAAUAAAACAUAAUGAUUAUAUAUUUAAUUUAAAGUUAGUUACUAUGAAACAUUAUCGAAAACAUCUGUAUAACUUAUAUGAAUGUAUUGUCUCUAUAUUGGACAUAUUCAACGAUGCAUUUUACUGUAAAGCAAUAACGUGAAAAAAUAAAAUGGCAAAAUAAUUCCUGUACAUUUGUCUCAACGGCCUUGAAUACAAGAUUUUUUUAAAGUCACAUAUUAAAUGUAGCAAUUAAUACAGAUGUU